GCCGCAACCCGCGAGCCGGCCCCUGCCCUCCGCACGCCGUUCGCGGCGGUGGGUCGCGGCCCCUUGGAGGGUUCCGGGGCUGCGGCUCCAGCGGCCGGGGAGGGGAGGGCGCCGGCACAGCGGCGGGGCCGGCCCGGAACUGGGGAGUGGAAGGAGCGCGGGGAGGGGCCCCAGGCCUCGGGCCUUCAGCAGGGCCCGGUCCACCCGGCCGCUGGAGCCCCCGCCGGGGUGGACGCGGUGCGGGCUGUUACAGGGCCGGGGCAUUUAAAGGAGCAGUGCACGUGGGUCUCGAAGGCGUGCGGACGCGGCAUUGUGUUCCUCCCUCCUGGCUGGCACCUAAUGGGCGCCCAGUCCUGCCGGCCUGUGGCACCCGGCCCGGGCAGUGCUUGGCGGAGGCAGGAGGGGAGGCGGAGGUCUUCCUGCGUACGUGAGGAACAGGACCUCAGGUCCGGGCUUGGAGACCCCAGUUUCGUUAUCAUUGGUAUUUGGCCGUUUUAUCAGGCGUUUACAGCUGCGAGGAGACUUGCAGAAUCUAGCUUUUGAAGCUGAAGAAAAUUUUAUCAAUGAAGAAACUCAGCCCACAGAGCUAAAGUGACUUUGUUCAAGGUCACGCAGAUCGGCUAUAUGAGAGCCAAGCUUAGAACCCGUUGUCCUGGACUCUAGUUCUGUUGUCCAGCCCUGGGACUAGACCUCAGCCCUUUGACAGUUGGGUGAAAUGCCCCCGCCUGUGCCUUAAUGAGUAUUCCCUUUUUACGGUACGAACUGUGGAUUGGUGCAGUACCUGCAUCCUCAUUUACAGACGGAGAACCUGAGAGGCAUCCAUCCCAUCCAGAACAGUUGCAGAGCCAACUUGACCCAAAACUGACAACUUGGGUUGCCAGCCUGUCCUGAGAGUAACUGAUCGGUACAGACCUCGGCUUCCGGAUUGCAGAGUAUCAUCAGUCUUCAGUUCCAACUUAGAAGCAAAAGGAGUACAUCCCAGCUGCUCUGUUCUCCUUCAGGAACCAGGACAAAUUCCAAGAAGUAGCAUUUCAGGAUCAAAAGGCACUUUCGGAGGUAGGGUCAUGCUCACAUUCAUGGCCUCUGACAGCGAGGAAGAAGUGUGUGACGAGCGGACGUCCCUGAUGUCAGCCGAGAGCCCCAUGCCGCGCUCCUGCCAGGAAGGCAGGCAGGGCCUGGAGAACGGAGAGGGUGCCGCCCAGUGGGUAGGUUCCCACCAGCAGUCCAAGGCCUCCGGACAGAGAGGCCAGGAGAGCGAGGAGGACCAUGAGGAGGACCCCGACCGCUACGUCUGCAGCGGGGUCCCCGGGCGGCCCCCAGGCCUGGAGGAGGAGCUGACCCUCAAAUACGGGGCGAAGCACGUGAUCAUGCUGUUUGUGCCUGUCACGCUGUGCAUGGUCGUGGUGGUGGCCACCAUCAAGUCCGUGCGCUUCUACACGGAGAAGAAUGGACAGCUCAUCUACACACCUUUCACCGAGGACACGUCUUCGGUGGGCCAGCGCUUCCUCAACUCCGUGCUCAACACCCUCAUCAUGAUCAGCGUCAUUGUCGUCAUGACCAUCUUCCUGGUCGUGCUCUACAAGUACCGCUGCUACAAGUUCAUCCACGGCUGGCUGAUCAUGUCCUCCCUGAUGCUGCUGUUCCUUUUCACCUACAUCUACCUUGGGGAAGUGCUCAAGACCUACAAUGUGGCCAUGGACUACCCCACCCUGUUCCUGACCGUCUGGAACUUCGGGGCGGUGGGCAUGGUGUGCAUCCACUGGAAGGGCCCCUUGGUGCUGCAGCAGGCCUAUCUCAUCAUGAUCAGCGCGCUCAUGGCCUUGGUGUUCAUCAAGUACCUCCCAGAGUGGUCUGCGUGGGUCAUCCUGGGCGCCAUCUCUGUGUACGAUCUCGUGGCUGUGCUGUGCCCCAAAGGGCCGCUGAGAAUGCUGGUAGAAACUGCCCAGGAGAGAAACGAGCCCAUAUUUCCUGCCCUGAUAUAUUCAUCCGCCAUGGUGUGGACAGUGGGCAUGGCCAAGUUGGACCCCUCCUCUCAGGGAGCCCUUCAGCUCCCCUACGACCCAGAGAUGGAGGACUCCUGUGACAGUUUGGGGGAGCCCUCGUACCCUGAAGUCUUUGCGCCCCCCCUGCCUGGCUACCCGGGGGAGGAGCUGGAGGAGGAGGAGGAAAGGGUCCGAGGAAGUCGCCUGAGGAAGUAACUUCUGAGCUGAGCUCCAGAGGCUGAGCCACUGGAACUCGGAGAGGGGGACGCACAGCGGGGGUGCGUUUCCAGCUGAGGGGACCUUGGGAGCAGAGACCCUGAGGCAGACGGCACGGUGAGUUAGAGCCAGUGAAGGCAGGACGCUGAGACCCGAGUGCAGAGAUGGGGCAGGGAGGCAGGCAGGGACUUGAGGGGCCUUCUGGAUCAAAACGGGGAUCUGGUCUGUGUCCCGUGAGCGGUGGGAGCCGUGGGGGGUGGGGGAGGGUUUUGAGCUGCAUGGGAGGAGGGGCAUGAGGGAGAAGGGCAGGUUUGUGGCUGGCAGAGUGUGCACCUGCGUGGCUUGAGGACGUCCCCAUGCAGCCAUGGGGGACGCAGGCGUGGGCUCUGGGCUCAGAGGGCCGGCUGGGCUGGGCAGGUCAGCGCCAACAGCACGGCUCCGUGAUGGGACUGACAGUGGAGCUGGGGUGGAGACUCCCCCAGGCAGAGCCCCGGGUGUUUGCGGGCAGAAGGAGCUGGUGUGGAAGGCCGUCCUGAAGACACACCCAAAGACGUUCUAACAUAUGGCUGUGUUCCCAAGGGGAUUAAAAUAGCCAUUCCAUCAGCACACGUUUCUGUACCACCUACUAUGUGCCGGGUGGCACGUGGGAACAGGGAGGUGCUGCAGGAUUAAAACAGCCUCUGCCCUUGAGAAGUUCCCCGUGGGAGCAGCCCAGGUGGGGGAGGUGAGGUAUAAAGUACUCAGGGCAGACCCGGGGAAGAAGAUGAUGCCGAGGUGGGCCUGGAAGGACAAGUCGGUCACCCGGCAGACAGGCUGCAGCCCAGGCCUGGCACUGAGCCCCCGGAGUCAGCGCGGAUCCCACCGGGGCACAGUCCACAAGGCCACCCUCGCUUCACACGCCAGCCCCAAGUCCUGGGGGUCUCCAGGCCACCCGCACUUCUGACCGACUGGCUACAGAUCUGGGGGUUCCCACAACCCCCCCAGGUUGGAAAAGUUGCUAGAACGACUCGCUGAACUCGGGAAAGUACUAAACUUAGAAUUACAGUUUUAGUAUAAAGGAUACAAAUCAGGACCAGCCAGAUGAAGAGCCACAUUGCUCGCGGGACUGGACUUCAUCUCCAGGCUCCCUCUUCUCCCCAGAGGUUGGUCUGGCCCAGAGUCCCAGCCCCCUUAUCACAUAACCACGUGGUCUUUCUGGAGACCAGCGCCAUCCUGAUCCCCUCAUUUGCAUAAAUGAUCCAAGGGGCUCCUGAAUGACAGACACUUCUGUUACUGGGGAAAUUCCAAGGAUUUGGUCUCCCUCCUGGAACCAGGGACGAAGGCCAGUUAGAUUCUUUGUUACACAGCAGCAUUGGCAAAGGCUCAGAUGAGAGAGGAGGAGGCCUUCCGGGAGCUCGGGGCAGUUUGGUGGCCCAGGCAGCUGGGGGCCGGACCUGCAAGGGUGCACAGCACUCACAGGAGCUCGAACUUCAUCCUGCAGCCUGUGGGGAACCGUUAGUGGUUUGCUGCAGGGAAUUGAAGUGAGCAGAGUUGCAUCCCAGACAGAUCCCGGGCAGCAGCAAGGGACACAGACUGCUGGGGGACCAGGUGAGGGAAGAGUCAUGAGGGCCCAGCUCAGGCAGCAGGCUGAGAGGAGGCGGUGCUACCACGUACCUGGGACGCACUGACAGGACUUGGCUGGGCAAGGGAUGGGCAGGGAGGCAUGGAGGGUGAUGGGGGAAGGUGGGAGGCUCUGCAGGACAUCAGAUGGAGACGCCACGGACACACGAAGGGGAGCGAUGCUCGAGAAGGUCAGGGUUGGAGACCCCAGUUGGAGUCACCAGGAUAUACAUGUCGUCAGAACUGCGGGUCCCCAGAAGGUACCCAGGGAAGGUGUAGGGUCAGAAUGGAGAGCGAGAGGGACAGCGUGGGCGACGUUUACGGGAUGAAGGGAAGGGCGCUUGUGGAGGACCCCGGGGAGUAGCCAGCCAGGAGACAGGGCGCUGAGACAGGUAGCGUGAGGGUGUCCAUGGGGGCCGGGCGGUGGCCUGGCCAGAGCACAUUGGCUGGGGGACAUGGGACCUGCCGCCACAGAUCUCUGAAGUGCCUGGGAGGUGAGCGCAGUUCCUUUGAGAAACAACUGAUUGAAAAAGAAGAGAGAAGGGAGGGGAGAGGGCAGGCAGAGCAGGGAAGCAGGAGUGGGGGUAGCGGCGAGAGGAGGCACGGCAAGAGAAGUCACCUCUGUAAGGUGACGAAACUGGAGUGUUUGCUCUGUGCCGAGGCAGGAGCCAAAGUGAGGAAACUGAAGUCAGAGAAGAGGGGCCGUGGAGGAAGGGACAGACCGAGGUGAGGGGCCUCUUGCUUGGAGCCCCGAAGGGAGGCGAGGGGGGCAGACGGGACAGAGCAUGUUUCCUUGAUGCAGACCUCCUCAAUUCAAGUCUGUUUCUUAAACAUUUUUAUUGUCUGUGAUGAAUAAAAUUAUCCUAUAAACAAGCGUACAGGGCAGUUGUACGAAAGGAAACAAAUGAAAGCAUUCUAGAAGCUCUUGUUUCCUUAUCAGUAAUGGAUACGCUAGUUACAAAUUAUGUUUACUUAUUUUUUUAAUUAAAGUUUAGUUGAUUUACAAUGUACAUUUACGUACUUUUAAGGGACAUGAGUCUCCAGAGAACCUCAGGUAUUGUACAUGUUCUUGAAAGUAGUGAAAUUAAAUUUCCUAAAAAGCAUUUAUAAUUCAAACUGAGCACUCAGUUGGGUAGCCUCCCAUCAGCCCCAGGCAAUGCAUUUUAUUCACUCUUGUCUUAACCAAGUGCCAAAGCACCAGUUUGUUUGUUUUUUGUGUUUUUUUGCGGUAUGCGGGCCUCUCACUGCUGUGGCCUCUCCCGUUGCGGAGCACAGGCUCCGGAUGCGCAGGCUUA